UUUUCUGGGCUGCGAUAUUGAUUAGUCAUAUAAAUGUAGAAGAUUCUUAGAAGAAUUGGCAUGGCAUCAAGAUUGAGGCUUGAGUCACACUUAAGGUCUGGUAUCUUCUGCCAAAAUUGGGAAAACUACUACACCACUGUCAUAUUACCUAAUCUGAGUGGUAGUUUGGAAAUACAAGGUCUUCGGGGAUAGCUGAGCACCAACUAUUCAAUUGUAAAUGCGUCCCCAAGUAUGCCUGGUGUCCUGUCUCAUCCUCUUGCUCCCAGUUGACUCUGGAAAGCAAAUACAGUGUGAACAAUAGAGUCCUAUAACGUCCAGGUGUAGGACUGACCUUUGUAUCAUUGUUAAUCCUUGUCCUCUCUUUUCAGAGACGAGACAUUAAGUUGAAACUGCAUGAAAACCUUUCCUGAGCCACAGGGCUGGGCAGCUUUUCCCUCUUUGCAAAUCCAAAGGAUUUAGCAGGAUUUCCCCCUUCUCAAACGCCGCCCCCCUCCUCUGACCUUCACAGCUUCCCAACAUUAGGGAAAGGCAGGAAGUUUUCCCUGUGGUUAUUUUUUUGUGACGACAUGAUGGGGCAGGUUGAUCAAUGGGGGAAAACCCACGUUAGAACACGCCUUCUGUGUACAUUCCCAAUAUUUGCUAUAAGUAGGGCCAUCCCAGACCCAGGCUGCUACCAGAACCCAGCAGCACUCCUAGCAAACUGGGUACCCAGCACUGGGCAGAUCUAUUCCCUGAGCUGAAAAUGAUGGACAGUGGCAAGAAUUUGCUCUUGGCUGCUUUGAUGUCAGUGCUGCUACUCCACCUGUGCAGCAAGUCAGAAGCAGCAAGCAGCUUUGACUGCUGCCUUCGGUAUACAGAACGCAUCCUUCAUCCCAGAUUUAUCGUGGGCUUCACGCAGCAGCUGUCCAAUGAAGCCUGUGAUAUCAAUGCAAUCAUCUUUUACACAAAGAAAAAAUUCGCUGUGUGUGCAGAUCCAAAGAAGAACUGGGUGAAACAGGCUGUGCAUAUCCUCAGCCAAAGAGUCAAGAAGAUGUAAAAACUGAUGCUCUCUGCGAAGGAAUUGGACAGAGCCCAAGAACAAAAGAAUCGAGCUGGAGUUGGCAGUUGAGAGUUUAGCGCUUACCUGAUUGGUGCCUCCUUGGACUUGUCCAAUUGAUGAAGUUGAUACAUAUUGCAUCAUAGUUUGCUUUGUUAAGCAUCACGUUAGAGUCAAACUCUAUUUUAUGUUAUUUAUAUCUAUUUUUUUUUGUGUGUGUUGCUAUUUAAUACUAAUUUCCUAUAAGCUAUUUGGUUUAGUAUGAAUGUGUAGAGGAAUGAGGUUAUAUAGCCUUUCUUGUAAGCUGCAAGCUAUUUGUAAAAAAAACCUAUUUAACAUUCUUCUGUCUACAUAGUUUUGUUUCUUAAACUGUUGUAAUUAACCUGUAAAAGAGAAAAAUGAUGAU